AUGCCACCUUCGGGCCCACACUCAAGGCAUGCUCGGCACCUUGAGGCAAUGCCCGUGGAGCACCCACCUCACAACAGUGAUGCUGCUGGUCAUGAUGAGGUGAACGAUGCUAUUUGUCGAUCGAGAGUGGAUUCUCACCGUCCCCUUCAUCAAAUACAACUUUUGGCUAUUCGAAAACUGUUUGAUGAAUCCGAAUCACACUUCAAAGACAGGCACAAAACUACUGAUGAAGCUGGAUCGAGUGACGCGAAGGCAGAUCGGUGUUGCCAGGAGAAGCAGAAGGUGCAUGGCCACUCGAAGAAGGCCUACUGGCCAAUUAUGCAGACAAAGAAGAGUGAAUAUCAACGAUCAUUAGCAAAAAUCGAGGAUGAGUCUGUAGAAUCGUCAAAUUCCGGUGGAGACACCAGAGUUGAUAGCGUGGAACCCCCUUGGACGAGAUUUAAAGAGCACCGUGAAGGAAAACAGGUAAAGCAUGUAAUGAUAGCCGAUGCCACAGAUUCGACUUGUGCUGAGUGGAAGUGGAAAAUGAAGGCCUCAGCUGCUUGGCAAGGAGGAGAAAAGCCGGUGCCCCAAGUGAGACGCCGGUGUCAAACCCCUACUGUAAGUAAGAUGACAGCUGAGGAGUCGGGUUUAUUUGCUGAUGCUCCACUAAGGAAGUCAGGCUAUCGAAGGGUUAUGGAUGCAGUAAAACAGUUUGAGGCAAACACUGAGGGCCAUUCAAAGUCAACAAAUUCAAAACCAGUUCCGAUUCUGCCGCCGAAAAAGAGGAUGGGUAUUUUGAGGGAGAAUGCAGUUGAUCGUCAUAUUCCACACGUUACAGAGAGCUGGACUGAGGAAAGCAAACUCGCUUCCCAACCUCUUUCGACACAUUCCUUGAAUUUAGCCGCGGAUCUUCACGCAAGACGAACCCAAGGAGAGGAGGACCAAGAGGAAGGGGCGAAUAGACAUGUAGAUUCGAAUUCCUCUCAGAGGAUGGCGAAGCCGCCCACAUUUGAUGACGAAAGAUUGACCCCACCACAGCAUUACCGACCAGUCGGUGGAAUCGACAUUUACACCACCCAAGGUCCAAAAUUGAUUCAGGAAAUGAAGGAUCGAUUUAGAAAGAAACACGGUGCCUCAUACAUGGAGCCGGAGCCCAUGCACCAACCGCAAUCAGCGUUGCAAACUGACCAAACUGUCCUCCCGAAGAUGGAAAAAAGCCUCGAUGACGUUCAGGGCCUCGUAUCCCUCCCCACCAAUUUAAGCAAUGAUCUCAGCCACAUUCUGCCAUGUGUCCUAAAGGCAAGACCGAAGCGAGCAGGAAGAUUGCCCUCGCGUUACGCUAGUAGAGCACUCCCAAAAGAUAAUCAAUCUUACGACAGGGAAUCCAAAAACUCAACCGACUUAUGA